AUGGUCGCCUUCACCACCCUCCUUACAGUCCUGGCCUCCACCGCCGCCUUGGCCGCGCCACACGAGCCGCGCGCACCGACCCAAAUCCAAUCGCGCGUCUCCAACACCCGCGUGGGCAACCUUUGCAUCGGUCCAGGUGGCACAAAUGGCGAAGAUCUCACCCUCAUGAGCUGCUCGGACAAGAAUGCAGAGGCCCAGUUCAGCAACAGUCAGAUUGUCAUGAACAACGGCGUCGCCGAGGUCCAGGCCGGCAUGAACAUCAUCCCUUGGGUCCACGUGCGCCCGGCAACCCAAACCGAACCACAGGCGUCCAAGCAGAGGUGGACGAUGCCUACCGUUGAGGGUUACGUGCGCUUCCAGGCCACCGACUGGCAGUGUCUCACUGUGGGAGACGUCAUGCCGGGCCCUGCAAAGCUCCUCAUGGAGCCUUGCCGGGCUGCUGACGUCAACCAGGACUUUAUGUUGAUUUAA